UUUCUCUUUUUCAAUCUUUAAUAUCACACUCCAGCACUCACACCAGUUGCGAAUCCAUCGCGCACUCCGCCUUCUAUCAGUGUAAGAAUCCGUCGCCGCGGCCGCCGCUUCUUUGUUAUCCAAAUACGAAGAAAAAUUAAUAAAAUCUCGCCAACACUUUGUAGAAGUGAAAGAAAAUUUCUAAAAGAAAAUGGGUAAGAGCUUGAGCGAAGAAUCAGCGAGUGAUCGCGAGAACUCCCCUGGCGAGGUGCCGGAGUCCAAUUCCAAAAAUAGCUUCUCCGAAGGCGAGAAGGUCCUAGCUUUUCACGGUCCACGCAUCUACGAAGCAAAGAUUCAAAGAGCAGAGUUUCGGAAGAAUGUGUACAGAUACUUUGUUCACUACCUUGGUUGGAAUAAAAAUACAAUAAGUGAUUAUUGUAGCCAGAGUUGGGAUGAAUGGGUAGGCAUGGAUCGGUUGAUGAAGCAUACCAAAGAGAAUGUUUUGAAGAAGCAGGCCCUUAAUAAGAAAUUUGGCAUAGACAAGAAUACAAAACCAGGGCGAUCAUCUCAAGUGAAAUCAAAAAGUCCAGCUGAUGCCAAAGUGGCGAAAGAGGAGAUGAAGAAUAGUGAUGCCACAGUGCCUAAAGAGGAGAUGAAGAACAAUGUUGCAAAAGGGAAGAAGCGCAAAGAUGAUUCGGGCAUAGAGGGUAAUCCAGUGGAAGACAAAAUGAUUAAUAUUCAAAUUCCAUCAACUCUAAGACAGCGGUUAGUUGAUGAUUGGGAGUUUAUCAUUCAACAGAAUAAGCUUGUAAAACUUCCCCGAUCUCCUACUAUUGAUGGUAUAUUGACUAAAUACCUGGAAUACCGAACCGAAAAGGAUGGCAUGAUGAAUGAUGCAGUUGCAGAAAUUUUAAAAGGUUUAAGAUAUUAUUUUGACAAAGCGCUGUCAUGUAUUCUUUUGUACAAAACUGAACGCCAACAGUACAAUGAAGCAAUUUCAGAUAGAGUCUCUCCAUCAAGUAUAUAUGGCGCUGAACAUUUACUGCGUCUCUUUGUAAAGUUGCCGGAACUGUUGGAGUAUGUGAAUAUUGAGGAGGAGACUUUGAUUCGGCUGCAGCAAAAUUUGCUUGACUUUCUCAAGUUUCUGCAAGAUAAUGAAGGGACUUUCUUCCUUGCUGCAUAUGAUGACCAUAUAGUUACUGAAGAAAGUGGCUAGGUGAAGAAUAACACCAAAUGUAAUUAUACAUCUUUUCCUUCCAUUGCGCAAUUUUCAUUUGUUCUAGAUAGAAAAAGGAGAGAAUUUGAUGUACAUAACUUGGAUUAAACAAUAUUUUACAUUUGUCAAGAAGACGAAACCGAGCCUCCAUGUGGUUAUAGCUACAUAA